AUGACGGUGGGCCGAACCGAUCUCUUCUCAUUCCUUACAAAUAUUAAGUGCAUUUGUUUUAGAAACGCAGCAGAUGUAAGCAUCUCUGCAUCAUCGUCUUUGCAAAGCAAAGGGAAUAUUUCCUUACUGGGAAAUAGGAAGCUUUUUUUUGACACUCAUGCGCUGGUAUGCCUCCUGGAAGAAAAUGGAUUCACUACUCAGCAGUCGGAGGUCAUUGUAUCUGCGUUAGUGAAAAUUAUGAACACCAACCUGGAUAUGAUUUACAAGGACAUGGUCACCAAAGUACAGCAGGAAAUUGCACUUCAGCAAGUAAUGUCCCAUAUUGGUGGUGUGAAAAAGGACAUGAUUAUUUUGGAAAAAAGUGAAUUUUCAGCACUUCGUUCAGAAAAUGAGAAAAUAAAACUUGAACUCCAGCAGAUAAAGAAGCAAGUCAUGGAUGAAAUUACCAAAGUUCGUGCAGAUAAUAAAUUAAACUUAAACCUAGAGAAGAGCAGAGUAAAAGAAUUGUACUCACUUAAUGAAAGAAAACUACUUGAAAUGAGAACAGAAAUAGUGGAAUUGCAUGCACAACAAGAUCGAGCUCUGACCCAAACAGACAGAAAAAUAGACACAGAAGUUGCAGAUCUGAAAACAAUGCUCGAAUCCCACAAACUUGAUAAUAUUAAGUACUUAGCAGGUUCAGUAUUUACAUGCCUUACUGUAGCACUGGGAUUUUAUCGUUUAUGGAUAUAAUAAAACAUCCAUUUAAAGGGACUUCUACCGUCUUGGUUUCUGAAAAAACAAAAAAAAAGAAAUUUUACCUUUGCCUGGACUU